UUGUUUGCUUUUACCUCUUCUUUUCUUGAGAGCUGCAUCAAUGUGGCAAUUUGGAUGUGGGAUCUCAUCUCACUUGGAAUUCGUGUCUUACCCCACAUUUUUCCCUUUACCAACUUUUCCCAUUUUAAACACUUUUUUCUUGUUUUCUCUUGCAUUUGGGACCCUUCUGUUGAAUUCACGUGUACCCAGUCGCCCAAAGUUUGAAUUUUUUUGACAUUGGAUAAAUAAAGUUGCUUGCUUCCUGCAAUCAUGGUACUACUAGACGGGGUCUAAAAAAAAAACACUUUUUUUUUGGGGUGGACUGGGGGGUGAAUGUAAAAUUCUGGUUACUCUGUGCCUUUUUCUGGUUUUAGGAUAUGCUUUACCUUUGAGGGCAUUUGGAUCUGGAAGAGCUUUUAGUGCAUGGAGAUUCUUUUCUCUCGUUCUCACUCUCUUUCUUCAAUUCAUAUAAUUACUUGGGACCAGCUUCCUUGAGUUGGGCACUGGUAGCUUAUCUUGUGUAAAUGUAUGUCUUUCAUUGGAAUUCGUGAGAAAAGUUUAUUUGGGAGAUUUGAGAUCAAGUUGCAGCUUAUAAGUUAUUAGGAAGGGAGCUUUCAGUUGUGAAGAUGAGUGGCUAAUUGACUUUGAGGUUCUUAGUGAGGUCAUGAGGUGGAGUUGCAGUGAGCUACAUGUAGAAGCAAGAUGAUUGAGCAAUUCAUCAAUUUCGUUAUUCGACCUCCCAGGGCAGAGUAUAACCCUGAUCAGUACCUCUGGGAAAAGGAAUUCACCCUUGCAGGAAGAACAUACCAAAGGCAGGAUUUGGAGCUCAAGAAUGCCAGAGGCUAUACCUUGAAGUGCAGUCAUUAUCUCCCUUCUCCUUUACCUGAAGAUACUUCUCUUCCUUGUGUUAUAUAUUGCCAUGGAAACAGCGGAUGUAGGGCAGAUUCCAAUGAAGCUGCUGUAAUUCUUCUUCCUUCAAAUAUUACUGUUUUUACACUUGACUUCUCAGGGUCAGGCUUAUCUGAUGGAGACUAUGUUAGUCUUGGUUGGCAUGAAAAAGAUGAUCUCAAGAUGGUGGUGUCAUAUUUGAGAAGCAACAAACAAAUAUCUCGUAUAGGUCUUUGGGGACGAUCGAUGGGUGCAGUUACUAGUCUGCUUUAUGGAGCUGAAGACCCUUCUAUUGCUGGAAUGGUAUUGGAUAGUGCCUUUUCAAACUUAUAUGAUCUCAUGAUGGAGCUGGUGGAUGUUUAUAAAAUUCGGCUUCCUAAAUUCACUGUUAAAAUGGCUGUACAGUACAUGCGGCGGGUUAUUGAGAAGAAGGCAAAGUUUGAUAUUAUGAAUCUGAACUGUUUGCUGGUUGCACCAAAAACAUUCAUUCCUGUUUUAUUUGGACAUGCAAUUGAUGACAAAUUCAUUCAGCCCCACCAUUCUGAUCUGAUAUCUGAAUCAUAUGCGGGUGAUAAAAAUGUCAUAAAAUUUGAUGGUGACCACAACUCUUCUCGGCCACAGUUCUUUUAUGAUUCAGUUUCCAUUUUCUUCUACAAUGUCCUCCGCCCUCCUAAUGUUCCUAGAACUCAUAAGCUUGAGAAAUAUUAUGAUUUGGGGGAUUUGAAACUUGGUUCUGGUGUUGAUGAGAACCUAUUAUAUGAGAUUCUCUCUAGUCUGCGGUCUGCAUCAACUGAUGCUGCAAGUUCAUCUUCUGUGCUUCCAUCAAUUUCCUCCACAAAAUCAGUUAGCGAACUUCUUUCAGAAGUUGCACCAGUGACUGAUGUUGAAUCCUUUUUGCGAGAAGAUACUAAUGGACAUGAUGAAACUGGCCAUGAUGAGCCCUCAGAUGUGCAGGAUAAGCUAAAUGGAGAGGGUGAAGAGUGUUGCUCAUACACAAGCUCAAAUAGAGAAAGUUGGGGCAGAUGUUCUUCUUUAGGAGGCAGUGAUGAAGAAUCUUGUGCAGAUUUAAGGGCUGAUGAUACCCUCUCUCAGAAUACUGUGAAGGUGUUUGCAACACGUAUGAGAAGCACGAAAGAAAAAGCGUCGGAGGCAAAAGAAGAUGAGAAAAAGAACAAGAAGAAUAAGAAAAAGAAGAAGAAAGGUGAAGGCGUUGUGAAGAAGCCAAAGAGUGAGAGGUUUGAGAAGUUGGAGGCUCUUAGCAGACGCCUUCGGCUUUGCCUUCUAAAGGGGUCAACCCAUCGAAGGCACAAGUCUUCUUAAACACACUCUCUUCCUCUUUUGUAUCAUAUUACUCAUCCAUCAUCUAAUUCUAAUGUUUCUUUUUUACAACAUUAAUAUUAUAAUACUAUUUCUAGGUAGUUCUUCAAAUUCAACUUUAGGUUUUACUUUAGGAAUUGCCAAACAUUGGUUUCUCUUUGGCUUUGAUUUCCUUGCUGUGAUUAUUAUUUCAUAUUUAUGAAGCUGACUCACCCCAUUGCAUGCCCA